AUGGAGCACAUGUCCUCUCCGGUCAGAUUCCGCAGCAACAAAAAAGCUUUCUCAGAAAAGGAGGUGUCCAGUCUGUCCAUCGAGGACCAGGAGGACAUACAGUUCCCUUACGCCAUGAGGGAUCUGCCUCCCGUGUCCCAGUCCAGCGAGCACCACCAGCCCUCGGGUCACCGUGAGGCAGAAGGAACUGGGACAGCACCCAAUGGGAGACUCCCCAGCCUUCCCGAGACUCCCCCUCCUCCGUCCCGUCCACUCCCCUGCCACCCCGCUGGCUCUCCGAUAGUCCCUCCCAGAGCAAAUCAUGUAGGACUGGACCGAGAGUUUCCGCACAUGCAGCUGAGGAGGCAGCUUGCCUCUCAGGUGUCUCUAGACUCUCCACUCAGCCCAGCCUCGCGUCCACGUAGCCCCUGGGGACGCUUUGACCCCUAUGACUCUCCUGAGGAUCAGGACAAAGAGUAUGUAGGUUUCGCCACAUUGCCCAACCAGGUUCAUCGAAAGACAGUGAAGAAAGGUUUCACAUUCACGCUAAUGGUUGCAGGGGAAUCCGGCCUCGGCAAAUCCACACUAAUCAACAGUUUGUUCCUCACGGACCUCUACAAAGACAGAAAGGUUCCAAACGCAGAAGAACGGAUCAACCAAACAAUCGACAUCGUCAAACAUACCAUCAGCAUUGAGGAGAAAGGAAUCAAACUUAGGCUCUCCAUCAUCGACACACCGGGGUUCGGAGAUGCCGUCAAUAACGAAGAAUGCUUUAAGCACCUCGAAGACUACAUCGACCAGCAGUUUGAACAGUACUUCAGAGAUGAGAGCGGGUUGAACAGAAGGAACAUCCAGGACAACAGAGUCCACUGCUGCCUCUACUUCAUCUCUCCGUUCGGCCACGGUCUUCGACCUCUGGAUGUGGAGUGUAUGAAGGCCUUGCACGAGAAAGUCAACAUAAUUCCACUACUGGCCAAAGCUGACAGUCUGACACAUGCAGAGGUCUACAGGAAGAAGAUGAAGAUCAGAGAGGAGAUCAAGCAGUUUGGGAUAAACAUCUACCAGUUCCCUGAGUUUGAUUCAGACGAGGAAGAGGACUUUAAGACAGAGGAACAAAUCCUCAAGGACAGCAUCCCGUUUGCAGUCAUUGGGGGUAACGUACAGAUGGAGAAUAAAGGUCGCAAGUACAGGGCUCGUGUCUAUCCCUGGGGAGUGGUGGAAGUGGAGAACCCGGCUCACUCUGACUUCCUGCUGCUGAGGAACAUGUUGGUGAGAACACACAUGCAGGAUCUGAAGGACGUGACGCGCGAGAUUCACUAUGAAAACUACAGAGCUCAGUGCAUCCAGAACAUGACGCGCAUGGUGGUACAGGAGAGGAAACGCAGUUUACGUGAGAAGCAUCGAGAGAAGAGCGAGGCAGAUUUUCCACUGCCGCUGGCCAUCGCUGACUCAGAAAAGGAGAGACUCAUCUUUGAGAAAGACGAAGAGCUGAGGAGGAUGCAGGAGGUGCUGGAGAGGAUUCAGGAGCAGAUGCAGCAAAGCCAGAAAGGAGGCUGCUGAGUUUCCCAUGACUGAACAAUGAGAAGCACCCCGGGUCACAGACAAUCAAAAAGAGAUAGAAAUCAGCUGUGUUAAUAAUAGGCCUGUUUCUAAUUGUUGGUACCCAGAGGGCUUUACAAAAAGCAAGAUUAAUAGGUUGUUUAACCUGCUAGAUCACCACGGUAACGUAUCCUACACAGCUAACCUGCUCCAGAGGAGGUUCUGUUCAAAGUUAGGGAUGACUGAGGGAGUACAUUAUAUCUGCAAACCUGCUGAACUUUAUGUUAGUAAUCCCACUGAACAAAGCUUUCUGAACUGUUCGUGUCACUUUGCGUCUUACCUCCAUUCAUUCAGAU